AUGGCUUGGCCCCGCCCUCCGGGAACUUUAGCUGCAGCCGCGUCUCAAGGAUUUCCUGCACGGCUUCAGCUGGACGGCCAGAGUUACGAGAUCCGCUAUGGGCCUGGUCAAGACUUCGAGUCUCAGCAGGACUUCUUUGCACCCUGCAGGGCAGCUCUCAGAGAGCCGUGUGAGGCAAUGCUCCAGGUGCUGGAGACGCUUGGCUGCUUGGAAUCGCUCCCUUUGGACCCUCGCGGGACUUUGCUGGUGGCCUUGCCCUUCUGCGGGAGCAUGCAGGAACUGCCUCUUCUCGCACACUUCCUGUCGACUCGCUGCUUAGGACAUCGAGGCGUGGCCAACAUUUCCAUAUUGGCAUCAGACGUCCAGGACUGGGCAGAGCUCGGGGGCUACUGGAGGCAGAAGGAGAAGUACGUAAGACGAUGGUACAGUGGCAUGGAGCUGAGAUUCUGCCAGCUGGAUUUACAAUCCAUUCGGCACCCACCAUCGUCCCUAACCUUUGCUUUCCAUCCAGAGUGCACGGUACACAGAGACGUGUGGCGUCGCAUCCUGCACAAUGUCAUCUCUGCAACAACCGGCUUGUGUGUGGUUGCAACCUUCAAUGAAGAGGAGAUGAAGUUCGUUGUCGGUGUUGGUCAAGAGUUGGGCCGACAAGUUCUUUGCCAACGGAAUCCAUACUAUGCAGACUCUACAAACAGGGGCGGAGCCACGCCACCCUUCCUGAACCAUUUAGUCUUCGUGCGGUGA